AUGGCCACGGAAGCGCGUUCCGUCGAGAACAGGAACCGCUUGGUGUCUCAUUUCGAUGAGUACAAGUCCCGCGAUAAACAGAGUGCAGGCUGGUCUAGCUUGUGGGAAUCCAACGAAUCUGACUUGUGGGAUCGUGGCCGACCCUCACCAGCCUUAGUUGCAUUUCUUGAAGACCAUCCAAAUGGUAAAGAUCUUCUGGCUCAGGAUAAGCCGCUGAAGGCCUUCGUCCCAGGAUGCGGCAGAGGUCAUGAUGUCGCCAUGCUCGCUCUCCAUGGCAUUGAGACUUGGGGACUAGAAGUGGCCGAGGAUGCCGUGAAGAUAGCAAACGAGAAUGUCAAGUCCCAACUGCAAAACCCCGCGCCUAGCAAUUUUGGUGCGAACGCAAGCCGACCAGUAUCGGCAGGCGCAAAGGUCAUUUUGGGGGAUUUCUUUCAAAGGGACUGGGAGUCUCAGAUCGCAGCAGACUUCCAGGGCUUUGAUAUCGUUUACGAUUAUACCUUCCUAUGCGCAUUGCUUCCCGAGAUGCGAAAAGAUUGGGCCGAGCGCAUGUCGCAACUUCUUUCACCCACCGGAGUGCUCGUCUGCCUAGAAUUUCCCAUGUGGAAGCCUCUAAAGGCGCCAGGUCCCCCAUAUGGCCUCAAAGGUGUUCACCAGAACCUGCUUGCUGAGGGUGGUAAUGGCACGAUUGAUGAAUCAGGCCAGCUGACAGGGGGAAGCCCAGGCAAAGGAGCAUUCGAACGAAUCACAUAUUGGAGCCCACCCGAAUCAUUUGAACAAAGUCGUGGCGAAGACAUGAUCAGUGUAUGGAAGCUCAAGUAA